GGCCAGGAAGAAGUAGCUGAUGUUAGAUGUAAUUCAACUCCUUAGGAGGGGGUGCUUGAGUCUGGAGGAGGGAAGCAGUUCCAAUUUCAAACAAAAACAACUGGAGAUAGAUUGAGGGAGGGAGACUGUCCUCCAUAACCAGCUAUUAAACCAAAAAGGAAAUAUAUACAAACCAAAAAAGCGCCAGAAAGAAGACUCCGAGCACACAGACGUAAAGUGCACCUAUCGAACUUUGCAAACAAGCGCCAGAGCACGCAAACUUUGCUGAAAGGAUCGUGGCAACUGGACUUUUUAAUCAAUCCUGUGGACACGUUUUGUGCUUGCUACAGUGGAUGUUCAUUUUGCUUUAUACCGGAAAUCUAUUUUAACUUUUGUUAAAUUAUCGUUGAUACUUUUUUUAAGUAAACCGCGCCAAAAGAAAAUGCCCAGGUCGAACAGACAGAGGGAAUACAAGCCCGGUGACCUGGUGUUUGCAAAAAUGAAAGGCUAUCCACAUUGGCCAGCGAGGAUUGAUGAACUGCCUGAAGGUGCAGUUAAGUCUUCCUCCAAUAAGUACCAGGUGUUUUUUUUCGGCACCCAUGAGACGGCAUUCCUUGGUCCCAAGGACCUCUUCCCCUAUGAGGAAUGUAAGGAAAAAUUCAGCAAAGCUAACAAACGAAAAGGAUUCAGUGAAGGAUUGUGGGAGAUUGAGAAUAACCCCUCAGUCAAGGCGUCUGGAUAUGAGCCAUCUCAAAAGGAAGGUGGUUCAGAGGGAGGAGGAGACUCUGAAGUGGGUGCAGAUUCUAAGAAGGCUGGCACUGAAGGCAGCAGUGAUGAUGAUGAUGAUGAUGAGGGAACACUGGUAAUUGAUGAGAAAAAUGAAAAAGGAGGAAGCAAGAGGAAGGCUGAAGAUUCACUGGAGGAUUCUCCAAAACGACCUAAAGUGGAAGACAGUGAAGUUCAGGCAGAGAAACAAGUAGAAAAUGAAGGGUCUGAGAGUGAUGGGGCUGAGUCUGAUCAUAUGGAAUCCGAGGCCAAGGCAAAUAAUGGCCCAGGAGAAGAUGGUGUAGCUCCUGUAGUACCACCUGUAUCCAGUGAUGAGAAACCAGAAGGUCAACCAAAUGAUGCUGAGGCUCAGUCAACGCCGGAAAAAGCUGUAACAGAGAGCGCUUAAAGGAGACUUCUCCAAUCAGCCAUCUCUUCCUGAGUAUUUUACAUGCUCAAUAAAAUUCAGCGCAAUAGAAUUCCUGUUUAAACUCUAAAUAAUGUAUGUAGAUUGAUUGAGAAAAUUGUAAAAUCUUAAAAUAAUCCCUCCUCCUAAGAAAAUCCUUUUAAUACCAGUAUUUGAGAUUGCAGUUUUUAAGAGAGCUCUCUGUAGGGAUUUUUUCUUUCUCUUUUUCGUUUUGUUUUCAUUGCUAUUGAUCUGUGUGGCCAUAUGUGGUGCUAUGCAAGAAAACAAUCCAACAUUAGGGAAAUUCUUGCACCAUUAUUUGCAAACACAUGUGUAACAGUGGAAGCCUUUUGUUUAAGAGUUGAACCAUGACUAGCAAUUGUUGUCUCCUCUAAAAUAAAACAGGUUAUAUUCCAUUUAAAACAGUGCUUUUAACACUGAUACUUUUAUUAACUUGUUUUUGAAAUAAAUGGAUAAUUAUGCCCAAUUAAUUAAAUGCAUCUCUUUCCAAUGUCUACUUUUCUAUACUUCUGAUAAUCAGCUGCAGUUUUACCUGCUUGAGCUAGGUUUUUUGUUCUUGCAUUUUUAGUGUUCUAUAUUUUCUUUUUUAACUUGAUUUAAUUGGUAAAUUCCCUAUUUUAAGUAAAUCCAUAUAGUUGUUAAGGUCCAGUAAGGUGAAGCUGUACUUAAUUUGCCUAAGCAGAUAUAGAUCCAUCAUUUUGAGUUGAAUGAAAAGGGAAAUGUAGAUUUAAAUUUUGCAUCUCUGUAUUUGUUUUCAUGACUCAGUGCUUACAAGUCUUCAUAAAAGAAAAGUGAAAGGGAAGUUUUCUGGCCUCUCAGACAAGCAAGAGAGAAAAAGCAAGAGCCAAAAUUAAAUUAAACAGAAGUGAGAGUGCCUCGCAAAAGAAUUCAGACUCUUCAGACAUGUUUCAAUGUUAGGUGAGGUCUGAAUACUUAUAGAAGUAGCAUAUUUCACUUUUUGACUUUUAUAUUUAAAGCAAAAUAUACAUUUCCUUCUUGAAGUUGUGACUUUGCAAUAAAAAUACACAUUGGAACAAGAUGUAUAAAUAUUUGUAUUUUAGUAGUAACAUUUCAAAACUAUAUUACUGAAAAAAACUGAAUAUUUUAGCAAGGCAAGUACAUGAUUGACUCCAGUAUCAUUCUUUCUGGUCAGCUAUUUUUGUUUAACUUGGUUUAGUGGUAACAGGUCUGGAAGCAACAUUUCUCACUAGUGCAGAUUUCCCUAUAGAUGUUUGUCAGAAUAAAUUCUCGAUUACCAAUAUGAAUUUAAGUAAUGGUAAUGUGCAAUUUUAACAUAAUUUUUAUAGUAUGUGCUUGAAGCUCUAAAUUUAAUUACAUUUGUUAUUUCAAAUGCAGAAAUGCUGCUGUAAUUAACAUGUACAUAUGACAAAUGCCAAGAUAAUAGAUGCCCAAUAGUGAAGGCAGCAGUAAAUUCAAUUUCCAAGAGAUCCCAAGUGACUCGAGGAUAUAUGGCAAUCACACAGGUAAACUCUGCCUCUGCUUGUUUUAAAGGUUGUUUGUGUUUGUGAGCCAAAUUCCUUUUUUUUUAAUUUAUUUAUAUUUGUAUCUAAAAAAGAAAAUGUGGAACACUGUAUAACUUGCAAUAAAAUCUGCUAAAUUUAAGUAAUAUUUAAGUAAUGUUUUGUGAACCAAGAAUUAACAAAAAUAUUUGUAAUCUUUUUUUUUUUUUACAUUUUCAAUAGUAAAUCAUAAUAAUUUUGUUUUUUAAGAUCUAGCUUACUCCCCUGUUUAUGUAUUUGCAUUUGUAUAACCUUUGUCUAAGUUGCACUCUUUUCAACAACUGAGUGUUAAUUUUGAUGUUUAAAUAUUUUUGCUUUCAUUUUUUUGUUUACUCUGCCCCUUUUUUUGUGGUGGUGUUUUCUUUUUUCUAUUUUGUUGGAGAUUAGUUCUGAAUGGCUGCUGUCAGACUACCCUUCCAUCUUAUGAACCUGAACCUGCUUUACUCUGAUUAUGGUUGCAAUGAGUGUACAGUGUCAUAGUGUCUUUUUCAUUUAGGUUACUUAUUUUUGGAUGCCUCUGGUUUACUUCAUGUUGAUUUUGAUUUAUUAAGGUUUGGACCAAAUGUGUAGCUUUAAUGAUUCUGAAUGUAAAUCCAGAUUAAAACAGGUCCAAACAAAAUGG